UUACUAUAUUUAAUUGUAUAUUCUAAUUUAUUUUAUUAUUAUUUCACACGUACUAAUAUUCCAUAGUCUUCCCAUAUGACCAUUUGAACAAAAAUAGAAAUGGUUUAAAACUGCCGUAGACAAAAGUGUCACAUUAAUGUCUCAUCACUGGACGGACGCUCCUGUCAUUGCUUAAAGUUUCCUAUCAACCUCCCAAAAACUAAUUCAAUCAACCUAAAAAUAAAGUGAAUUGGCAUGAUUCUCCUUAAAAGUUCCUCCCAACCCAGCUAUUUGUGGAGGACGCUUACACAAGCACACAAAAAUGCCCAAACGUCAAUACAGUGAGAUUAGAGAUUAGAAAUCGCGGCCCUCUCUGAGAGGAUCAGCUUUAGGGAUAAAUCUGAGACACAGACCCACUUCAGAUCACUCACCAAACGCGCUCAGGACCUCCAGCUCCAGAGCCAAGAAGGGAAAAAACAAUUGUUUACAAAACAUCUUUGCAGAAUCACUCAGGAGGCAGAAGCGAUGUACGAGUACUUGAGUAAUAACUGUACCUGCACAUACGCCUUGGGUGCGUUCUUGCUGCUGUGGGUUCUGGUGUGGUUCUACCGGGACAACCUGGAGAUCACCAAGGUCUCGGAGAAACACGUUUUUGUAACAGGUUGCGACUCUGGGUUCGGACACCUACUGUGCAAACGCCUGGACAAACGUGGUUUCCGUGUCCUAGCCGGGUGUCUCACGGAAAAGGGUGCAGAUGAUCUGAAGAGGGCGACGGGACCUUUCCUGAAGACCUGCAUUUUGGACGUGACCAGCACAGAUAGCAUUCAGCAGGCUUUGGAAUGGACCAAAAAAGAAGUUGGAGAUAAAGGACUAUGGGGUCUUGUGAACAACGCCGGGCGCUCGCUUCCCAUGGGUCCAUCCGAAUGGAUGAAAAUCCAAGACUUCGAAAGCACGCUCAAAGUCAACAUGACUGGUGUUAUCGAGAUGACCAUGAACUUCUUUCCUCUUGUCAAAAAGGCCCGUGGACGAGUGGUGAACGUGGCCUCAGUGUUGGGAAGAGUAGCCGCUAACGGCGGAGGGUAUUGCAUCUCAAAGUUUGCAGUGGAGAGCUUCUCUGAUUGUCUCAGGAGGGACAUCCAGAAUUUUGGGGUCAAUGUGUGCAUCAUCGAACCUGGUUUCUUCAAGACCCAGGUGACCAGUCUGGAGCCCAUCGAAAGGGAACUCCAUCGCCUCUGGAACCAACUGACCCCUGAAGUGAAGGAGAGUUAUGGAGACAAAUACUUGGAUAAAUAUAUCAAGAUCCAGAGGCUGAUAAUGAACACCAUUUGCGACUCCGACCUCAGUAAAGUGACCAACUGCAUGGAACACGCCCUGCUGGCCGUCCACCCGAGAACACGCUACAGCGCAGGCUGGGAUGCCAAGCUCUUGUGGAUUCCCUUGUCUUAUAUGCCCGCUUGCAUUGUAGAUAUCGCCCUGAAGCUGGUGUUGCCAAAGCCAGCAAAAAGUGUCUAGAUUUGGACGUGAGUGUAGGACCGAUUCCCUUAAAUCUUAACCUUUCAUGUUCCUCUUAUGAUACACUGGAUGACGCUUUAUUUUGGGGUCUUACAAAGUAACUAGAGUUUACAAACACUAUGUGUCUGUAAAUUUAAUACUGUAGUAUUUAUGAUGCAAAGUUAUCUGGUUACUAGACACUAUUAGUAAUUUUGUAUAUUUAUGAACUAUUAUGCAACGUAAUUAAAAUGUGCCUUUCUAAGUGCAUCACCAGCUUGUGCCCAUUGGUCAUCUAAUGUAGAUGUGUUGCUUGAGUAACCUUUGGUGUUAUAUAUGUAUGUUACUGCUAAUUAAAUUCAUAUAACUGUAUAAACAUCAUUCAAUAUUCAAUAAAUGUCAUAAGAGUAUUGUCUAUGCACUGAGAACCAUGCAUCAAUCUCAUAACUUGCAUAAAACCAUCUUUUAUUGUUGUUUUUCAAUACUGUACUCUGAAGGUCAUGGUCUUCCAGCUUUUGGUGAGUUGAGACAGUUUAGCUACAAUUAGCUUGUUCAGGUGUGUUUGGUUAUGGUUAUAGCUAAACUCCACAGGAAAGUGGAUCUCCUGGGCCAGAUUUGAGGAUCCCUGGUCUAAAUGGACUAUACUAUUAUAAAUAAAUGUACGUUAUUAGCAUUGAUGGUUCUAUGAAGAACCAUUUACAUCAAAUGAAACCUUUGAGUAUGCAAAAGGUUCUUAUAGUAGAAAGAUUUUCUUUAGAUUAGACUCUUAAAUGAUCUUCACACUAUGGUUCUUUUAAGAAUUCUUCAACUCAAAGGUUCUUUGGGGAACCAAAAAUGGUUCUGCCAUUGCAUAAUGAUAUCUAGAAGUGUGAGUCUAGAGUUAUUCAUUAACAGUUUGUACCGUGAUGAAAUAUUUAUUAAACCAAUUCUGACAUAUUAAAGACAUCUAGAAAACGUACUAGACUUAUAACGAGCAAAUGCAGACCAUGAUGUAAACACUGAUAGCACAUGUACAAUCUCGGAUACGUCUAUUAAACUUCUGCAUUUGCAUCUGCAA